GUGAAAUCAUCGAAACAAAGUUUAUGGCCGUGUUUUGCAUCGUUAGUUGAAUUACCACCACCAGUACGUGACUACCAAAAGAAUAUUAUUUUGAUGUCUUUAUGGACAUCAAAAAAGAAACCUGAUGCAAACGUAUUCCUAGAAAAAACUAUCGCAGAACUUAAACAUCUCAUCAAUCGUGGAACAUCGAUAUUUAUCAACGGUUAUCAAUACCAGAUCACUUUACAAACACAGUACUUUGUGUCAGAUUUGCCCGCGAAAGCGUUAUUCAGUAAAACAAUUAAUUUCAAUGGUUAUUCAGCAUCCACAGAAUGCUGUAGUAAAGGAGAAUGGAGUGCUCUGUACAGUGUCGUCGUCUAUCCGUUUACUCGGAAUAAUCUUACACCUCGCACACAUGCUGAAUACCUGGAUGCAGCCAAAGAAGCACAAAAGAAGUCUCUCCAUGGAAAAACUGUAUCGAUUCGUGGUAUAAAAGGUCUUUCAACAUUGCUUGAGUUUAGGUCUUUGAAUAUCCUUCUCAAAUUACGUUUGAUUAUAUGCACCUCAUAUGUCUGGGACAUAUUCCAUCACCUAAUCAAACGAUGGUGUCGGCGUGUUGACAAGUCGGCGUUACAUGCAAUCGAUGUUUCAUUGGAUCAACUCCUUCUGCCACACAAUCUGAGUAUACCUUUUCUAGAAUCCAUUGAACAUUCAGAGCAGUGGAAAGCGAAAAACAGUCGAUUAUUUGUAUUGAAUGUGGGUGUACCUGUCGUCACAUUACAUUUUCCACGGCUUUUGGCUUCACACUAUAUACUAUAUUCUUUAUCAGUAAUCAUGCUUCACGCUCCUAGAUCCAAUGACGAAAUCAAUCUGGCAGAGGAUAUUAUGAAUUAUUAUUGUAAAACUUCAACAAUGGUGCAUGAUCCCUCCGUCGAAUUGUUUUCUCUCCAUACCCAUAUUCAUCUUGCUCAACAAGUGAGACGUCAUGGUGGUCUAGAUCACACUUCUGCCUUCGGUUUUGAAUCAUGUAUUCGUUUUAUUCAAAAGAAAGCUCAUGACAGUAAAGAUCUUGGUAGUCAAAUUUCUUACUGGAUUGAUCUACAAAGCACAGCUUAA